AUGGUUUACCAAUGUCAACACUGUGAGGAGAACGUCAGUGGUAAUGAUGGCCGUCUACUCAAUAUGCUCCCGCCACAUGUUUCAGCAACAUAUCCUGUAUUGCCCAAGUAUGCUUGCGGUGGAUUUCACUUACACAAGGAUGCAAGCAGAUUCUUAGAGUCCAUGAUGAAGACAUAUGGAAAUGGGGACAUGGUCAGCAAUUUGCUGCAACAAUCUGUUGGUAUCCACUAUACCCAGAAGGCAGUAUCAUACCUGAGCAAGCAUCCUAGUCGCCCUUUCAUGAAGUUGGAAGAGUUCACAAACGGCAAUUGGCCUCCCAGUGGAGCUACACUGCGACGACUCUUCGAGAGUGCAGAAUACUCUCCUCUCAACAUUUAUGGAUACUCUAAUUUUGAGCGGUACACUCGAGAAUGUCAAAGUGUGACAGUGGUGGAAACGGAAUCCAUUGCAACGGACCACACCUUCCAAGUCACCAAUGCCUAUGGUAACAAGGAAGGGAUGAAAGCAAUGUUCACCUGCAUCAAAGCGCCGUCAAAGGAGAUGGUCGCAAUAGUAGGGGUGCCCUCUACAAAACUCCAAGACGCUGCACAUUGCUUGAAGCAGAGCUGUAUCAAACGUGGAAUGAAGCCAUCGAUUAUCUCAACUGACAUGAUGCCACAUGGAGAAGAGUUUUGGAAGGAACUCUAUGGAGAAGAUAUUCAUUGUCAACUGGGUCUUUUCCACUUACUUACAAGAAUAUAUAGUACCUUGGAUCGCCGUUCCAAUCUCUUUGGGGAGUGCUUGCUUGCAUUGAAAGAAUGCAUCUAUAGAUUUGAUCCGGCAGAUUUGAAGAAUGUGAGGGAAGCGCUCAAGGCUGGAACUCUUUCAAAUAACGGGAAACAGUACACAGAUGCAGAAAUUGAUGAGAUGCAACGCACCAAAGUUUUCUCUCGCCGUUAUUCCAAGUACCUGAAGAAAGAGUUUCACAGUGCAGUUCAAAUUCAAUCCAACCUUGCUGCUUGGAUUGAGAAUUGGGAUCAUGAGGAGGAUGAUUUCCAGAGACCUGUUUUUACUUACAAGACAGCGGAUACUACAACAAACCAGUAUGGCAAGAUUAGCUAUGUACUUGACUGCAUGACAGCUGAAACCUACUCUGCAAUCCCGGCACCACCAGGUUCAAAACAUGGGCUUCCAACAUUCAAAAGCAACCGCCCUGAAUCCAUGUUGGAGAAGUUCCAUGAAUUGUUGGCCCACUACUGCAAUAUUGGGUGUGGCAAUGAAUUUGCAAAUGGUAUAAUAAUGAAAGGAUGGACGGAGUACAAUGUCACUGCAAGACACCGCUACUACUGCAUGAGAAAGCGGUCUGCAAACCAACUUGAACAACUUCAAGCGCUUGAUAUAACUCCUACGUUCCUUGACCAUUCUUUGUUACACUGCAUCAAUGAACAGUCACGGGAUCUUGGACAUGGUGAUCUGUUCAGCAACUAUGAGAAACCACCCAGUAAGAACAAUGGUGAAGUAUUCCUCAAGAACUACUUCAACCAACAGGUGGAACAGAACAGGAACCAAUUGUUUGACAAAGACUCAAAGCAGUGCACUUGCAAUGAAUGCAAAAUCCCAGCUGGGUCUCCUCCUGCAGUGCCUGCAGCUGGAGUUGAAGAUAACAAUUCUCGUCUACUCACUUGUCAACUCACUUGUCAAAUGGACUUGAUGGCACUUGAUGGCACUUCUACUGCCACCAAUGCAGUGACAGAAAUGCCUCCAAUGCGGGUAGACCCACCAAGGCGUCAACAAACCUUUGGAUACUGCUUUCCUUUCCAUCCAUACCGGUGCGAUGAUCUCCAAAACUAUGUCAAGAGAAGACAAGCUGGCGAGGUGGUACGUGGAAGACCACCACACAGUUUCAACUGUCCUACUAAGUCAAUGUUGAAGGGCUGGGCUCCAGUUGAUUGA